AUGAGUGUGUAUCUGCGAGUUAUUAACUCUGUAUCUAAACAGUUUAAACCGGUUUACUGUGCUGGAAUCAGAGCUGCAGGACUGAAGAUUUCAUGCACUCAGCGCACCAAAGAGGACCAAUAUCAUCCUGAUUCAGUGGUGUCUUAUGAACAGCUUAAAACAUUGCUCACCAGUCACAGCAUCCAGCUGUUCGAUGUCCGAAAUCAGGAUGAGUUUCUGGCAGGGUGUAUUCCUGAUGCAGUCAACAUUCCAUUGGGGCAGCUUGAGGAAUCACUGAAGCUCCAUCCAGACAACUUUGAAAAGCUCUUUAAGGUGAAGGCUCCUAAGAAGGAGGACGACAACAUCGUAUUUCAUUGCCAGAAAGGCCGCAGGAGUUUAACAGCACUCGACAUCGCCUGGAAUCUGGGAUUCAGCAGGGCACGUCACUAUGCUGGUGGGUACAAGGAAUGGGCUGAGAAAGAGAAACAGUGACUAAUCAGAGUGUAAAGCAUGUACAGUUCUACUUUAUUCUUUUAAAC